GAUAUAUUUCUCGCGGGGAUAGAUACAGGUGCCCUAACUAUGAUUUGGGAGAUGACAGAACUCGUUAGAAACCCUAGAGUGAUGAAGAAAGCUCAAGAAAACAUUCGAGCCACCCUCGGGCUCAAAAGGGAGAGAAUCACUGAAGAAGACCUAGGAAGAGUCGAUUACUUGAUGCUUAUAAUCAAGGAAACAUUCAGAUUACACCCACCAGUUCCAUUUUUGCUACCAAGAGAAACAACGUCUCACAUCAAGAUUCAAGGCUACGAUAUUCCUCCGAAAACGCAAAUCCAAGUUAACGUGUGGACGAUUGGACGUGACCCCGAACGUUGGACCGACCCUGAAGAAUUCAUCCCUGAGAGGUUUACAAAUAGCUCUGUAGACUUUAGAGGACAACACUUUGAGCUGUUACCGUUCGGCUCUGGUCGAAGAAUGUGUCCCGCAGUGACAAUGGGGAUUGCUACCGUGGAGCUUGCACUGUUGAAUUUGCUUUACUUUUUCGAUUGGAGAUUGCCUGAUGGGAUGGAAGUUGGAGACGUUGAUAUGGAAGAAACUGGCACUCUCUCCAUUGUCAAGAAGCUACCUCUUCAACUUGAUGUGUUUAUUGCCGGAAUAGAUACAAGCUCUGUGACAAUGAUUUGGGCGAUGGCGGAACUCGUUAGAAACCCUAGAGUGAUGAAGAAAGCUCAGGAACAGAUCCGAACCACCCUCGGUCUCAAAAGAGAAAGAAUCACUGAAGAUGACCUAGACAAAGUUGAUUACUUGAAGCUCAUAAUCAAGGAAACAUUCAGACUACAUCCGGCACUUCCAUUUAUAAUCCCAAGAGAAACAAUGUCUCACGUCAAGAUCCAAGGCUACGAUAUUCCCCCGAAAACGCAAAUCCAAGUUAACGUGUGGACCAUCGGACGUGACCCCAAGCGUUGGACCGACCCUGAAGAAUUCAUCCCUGAGCGGUUUACAAAUAGCUCUUUAGACUUUAGAGGACAGCACUUUGAUCUGCUACCGUUUGGUUCAGGUCGAAGGAUGUGUCCCGCGAUGCCAAUGGGGGUUGCUACCGUGGAGCUCACGCUGAUGAAUUUGCUUUACUUUUUCGAUUGGAGAUUGCCUGAUGGGAUGAAAGUUGAAGACAUUGAUAUGGAAGAAGCUGGUAACAUCUCCGUUGUCAAGAAACUACCUCUUCAACUUGUGCCCGUUCAAUAUGAGCAUUAA